GGGGCAUAAAGGGCUCAUACUGUCAUCUUGUAGUGGCUGUAAAGCAUGUAACUUGCAUAAAGAUGCCUCUUCGAGUCGGGUGUUUUUCACUCGCAUGUCCUUCGGUCCGUUAUUUAUUUCAUCCGAGCUCUCGGAGACACGACUUCUAUAAAGGAUGCUGCAAGUGUUUUCAAGAAUGCACAACAGACUGAAGAAACACAAUGACAGUCAUUGGAAAUUUCAGACUAAGUUUAGUGUUUAGAUGUAGUUGUUCCUUGACCUCCACUGGAAGACGAGGUGAAGAUGGCAAGAAGACGAUUCUAACUAGAAUGAAUCCAGAACCCAAGCUGAUGGAUUUAAGACAUGGAUGACUAUGAUAUCAACACUGUAUGUACCACCUGAAGUAGAAUUGAUCAAUAAACACAAAAGCCACUUCACAGGAGAUGUGCUAUGAUGUCUGCUGAAGAAAACUUCACUGCAGUGUUAAACCUUGACAGCUGCCUGAACUGCACCCAGGCAUCAGUAUAUGAUGUAAACAUCCCCAAAGUAGUAACCAUGGUGGUGGUCUUCAUGCUUUUUGUUGUGUUUGGAGUAACGGGGAAUGUGCUGGUCAUCAUGUCUGUAGCGUGCCAUCGUCAGCUCCGGUCGGUCACGCACUACUUCAUGGCCAACUUAGCUGUUGCUGAUCUGCUGCUGAGUUGCGCGGUGGUGCCAUUGUCGGCUUCAUCCGAGGCGCUCGGACGCUGGGUGUUGGGUCGAGUUCUGUGUGGUGUUUGGGCAUCGCUCGAUGUCAUGUGCUGCACCGCAUCCAUUUUUAACCUUUGUGCUAUCUCCGUAGACCGCUGGCUGGCUGUUAGCUACCCACUUCGAUACCCAUGCCUAGUCACAAGUGGGCGUGCCAUUGGUGCCAUGGUGGGUGUCUGGGUGGCGUCAGUUGGCAUUUCCGUCGGCCCACUGUUUGGCUGGCGAGAGCCGAUGCCUGACGAUGAAUCUGUGUGUAAUGUCAACGAAGACCCGGGAUACACCAUUUUCUCGGCCGCCUGCUCAUUCUACAUUCCCCUAACUGUAAUAUUGGUCAUGUACUGUAAAGUCUACAUAGUGGCACGAAGCAAAGCAAGAAGUCUCCACGAAGGGCAAUGGCACAGUGAUGUAAAGGACGGCGCGGGGUUCAGGAUCCACCGUGGCAAUGCUCAGAGAUGCCAUGCUGAGAGCAGAACUGAAGAUGAGGGUAGUAGGAAAUGUUGCACCUAUGGUGCCCUGGUGAAGCUGCUCACGUUCUCCAGGGAGAUGAAAGCGGAAAAGACCCUGGGAAUAGUGGUGGGCUGCUUCGUCCUUUGCUGGCUUCCGUUCUUUCUCGUGCUGCCCAUCAGCUCCAUCUUUCCAGACCUCAGACCCUCAGACACCGUAUUUAAGAUCACUUUCUGGCUUGGAUACUUCAACAGCUGCCUAAACCCUAUUAUCUACACUUGCUUCAGUCAGGAGUUCAAAAAAGCCUUCCAGAACGUUCUUAAAAGCCACUGCCUUCUCAAAACCACCAGUGCCACCCCUCAGACCCAAAUCUCUUCCCAUCCCACCCUGCCCUCUUGUCCUGUCACUCAUUCUGCCCCUCAGUUUACACCCACAGGGGGAAAUCAGGUGAAUAAAGGUCUCCUGAAGUUCUGCUGCUUCAGCGCCAGAGUCAAAACUACCAACACUGAGACUCGUCAUGUCUUUGUGGACAUGAAAGGAUUGACAGGACAGGCUGUGUGAGACGUCAAGGACGUGAUCGAUACAAAAAAAAAAAAUAGUAUCAUAAUAGUUUAUAUAUUCAGCAGGUUCCAAACUCCUGAGUCCACUAGCAAGAUUUAACUACAUUUUCGAGUGCAACAGUGACUGUGGAAACACCAAGACCUUUAUGUUUUUUAGAGACAUGCAUAUUCCUUUUGUUUCUUAACUCUGUAAAACACAACAAUUGGACAGUGAAUGAAAUUCUUUAGAGUACAAAUGAGACAUUUUUGUCUCUAACAGAAGAACUUGUGUAAGACGGAGAACAGGAGAGAAGAUGUGAUGAGACUCCCUCACCCCCACAUUCACACAUGGAGAUGGAAGCUUAGUGGUUUGGAGUUGUUUUGUAGCAGAGAAGGUUCCGGAAAGUGAAAGGAAUCCUGAACGAAAACGGCUCCCAUUCCAUACUUCAGCACCAUGCAGUUCCGUCUGGACUGUGGCUCUUUGGAAGCGACUUCACCGUACGACGAGACGAUGAGCCGAAGCGCACGUCUGAGUUCUGUAGUGAGUUCUUAAAGAGCAAACAGACAUCUGAAGUGAUAUCUAUCAUGAAACCACCUGCCCAGUCAACGCACCUAAAUCCUAUUAAACUGCUCUGGGAUGAACACGAACAUCGCCAUCUAGUGAAGAACAUCUUUGGCGAGUUUUACAAGAGACACAGCAAAGUGUUUCAGCUGAACGUUUGUAGAAGUGUCCAGAUGCUAAGUGUGUAAAGCUGUUCUUCAUACUAAGGCAAGUUUUUUCAAUGAAAAUAAAGUGGAACAUCUGGACAUUUAUAGAUUUGUUUAUUCAGAGUAAAUCUUCUGACCGUUACAUGACUGCGUUUGUUGCAUAGAAACAAAAGGAACAUCCACGUGUCUCUCAAAAACCAUUUUGUAACUGUUUUGAUUGUUUAUGCUCAGACAUUCACUUUGAGAUGUUUGAUAAUUGUGUGUACGUAUUUUAGAAACCAUUGGUAGUAAAAAUGAAUAAACAUUAUCCCUUAUGGUAUAGUGCUUCAAUCUCUCUGAAGCACUAUACCAUAUAUAUAUAUAUAUAUCCCCAAGUCUAUCCCCUUGUUCCACACAUUGGGCAGGUGUAUCUAUUUUCCCCUCUCUGUUCUCCAUUCUCCUGAGGUUCUCCUGCCUAUAUCUCAUUUUCCAUAAGCAUGUUGCUCUUUUAACCUUGCUGUGACACUGUGACGCUGUGCACCACAAGGAGAAAAGCACUAUCGCUCUUUUCCCGACUGCCAAGAACCAGCAUAAAAGCACCUCGAAAUGCAAAAACGUAGAGCACAGUUUUCUUCUCAAAGACCCCAAACUUUAUGAAAAUUGAUGAAAUCCAACAUCAUUAAUUCCAUAGAAUUUGUCAAAAAAUUGACCUGACUAUAAGAUGUUCUUUUUGAACAUCUAAUUCCACAAUUGCUCUUGUAAUUAACUCCACUCUUCCCUGAAGAUGUUCCACUAGAUGUUGGAGUGUGCUUAUGGAGAUUUGCGCUCAUUCAAUCACAAGGGUGUGAAAUAACAUUGAACAUUGAACAUAUAAAGUUCUAUAGCAGGAGAUCUUCUACCUGAAUCCAUGUGAAGCACAUCUUCAUGGAACUGGCUUUGUGCACAGGGUUUGCAUUGUCACUCUGGAACAGUUUUGGGUCUCUAAGUUCAAGUGAAGGAAUAAUUUCAUGUUACUGCAUUCAAACACGUCCUAUAAAAGAGUGUGCCUCUAACAUUUUGGUAACAGUUUGAGGAGGAACCACAUAUGGAUGGACAUGUGUCCAUUCACAGUGUCUCUGAUAUGUGAAAUGAAACCCGUUUUUUUAUUACUCUAGUCUAAAUCUUUGUGCAGGAAUAUAUUCGUUUAUUUACGUGACCAUAUCAAAGAGACAUUUGUGCUGUAUUUAGAAGAACGAAGCUAAAAGUCGAUAUGGUGUAUAGUGCCACCUAGUGGUCCACCAUCAUCAACAUCUUUCUGUCUCUGCUGUAGUUGGAUGUUUUCUUUUCAAAAGCUGUUCAAGAUAAACCAAGAUAUUAGUAAUGCUGCAUGUUAAUACAUUAUACAGACAAAAGUAUUGGGACACUGGACACAGUGGUCCCUCCCCCAAAUCCUACCACAAAGUUGGAGGCAUGCAACUGUAUUCAUGUCUUUGGGGUAGGAGCAUUACAUCUUCCUUUUAACUGAACUAGGAGACCCAAAAAUGUUCCAGCAUGACAAUACCCCUGUGCGUAAAUCCAUAUCAAUGAAGAUACACUUUGCAUGGGUGGGAAGUCUGUAGAAGAUCUCCUGCUGUAGAGCCAGGCCUACUCACCUUCUCACCUUCUCACCUUGUGGUUGAAAGAAUCUCCACAAAAU